GUCAGCCGCUUUCUUGUAGUGUAGCAGCGUCGAUUGCCACGCCCCUUGGAUCGCUCGCAUCCAAAUCGGGUCACCGGGUCGGAGUGAGAAAAAGGGUCAUCCGAGCCACUCUUCUGUAAUCGUUUCCUCGUUGAAAACCCCGUUUCGGAAUUGGCCUGUGUCGCUAUCUGCGAGCCGCCAACUGACGAUUCACCAGUUUACUGUGCUUUUUCCUUGCGUUCCGUUCGUCUGUCGGGACGUCUUUAGAGACAUAUUUGACACUUCCUUCUUCAGGGGAUGUGUUGCCACACUUCGGUCCAGUUAAAAAUGGAAGGAAAACCGGUAUCAUGAGAACCAGGGCGUGUCCUGCUGCCAGUCGACAUUUCAUUAUUUGCAACGUCGAAAACACAACUUCUGCCGUUUAAUUGCACAUGCGUUUCAAGAGAAAAACAACGCUAUUUCUUUGUUGCUGCACAUCUUUUCAUUCCUCGACAUCGAAAAAUCGCGGCACUCCUUUCGAACGGAGAAGCAGUUGAUUUGCUUGUUUUGGAAGAAAAAGCGACACUCUCUUCUGGAAUUUGCCUUGCGCGUUUUGUUCGCUAUAUUUUUUGUUGUUUUGAGGCGUGUUCCGUGUAGGGAUAAUGCCGGUCCCUGUAGCAGUCUCCCCCCAGCCACUUGCUCUGUCCACACCGCCACUCCCUGUCGCCCCCACAAUAGACUUGGCAUCUCUGUCGGCGCGAAAUACUGGAGUAUGUAGUCUCAGAAACAUUUCUGCUCCACCAGUUCUUUCUUGCCUGUACAAUGAUGCUGAUUCUCUCAGAAACUGUGUGCGAAAUUCCAUCCCUUCCGGAGGAGGUGGCUCGCGAAACGCACCGGGUUUAGGGGCAUAUGGGGAUUUGACUGAAAUGCAUCCUAAGCGCCCACCACUGGUAAACAAGCCCAAGGUGCAGCUAACGUUACCAGCAGCGUAUGGAUAUCACGCCUCAUUGUCACGCUCUCGGCACACCCGGCCAGAUGUAGAAGGAGUGAUACAUCGGUAUGAGAGAGUUUUCCAAGCGCGGCUCUACGGCGGGCCGCUAGAUAGUUUCGGAUGUGCUACUUCUGCGCCCUAUUCAGCAUCUCAACAGCCACAACCGUCGUCGACAGAAGAUCGCUUUCAGGCGUCCCUGGUACCUGUGGCUGGCUUGAGCGGGGACUACCCCGUGAAGUUGUCGCGUCACGAAGAUGAGCAGGAAGUCUAUCCCGCUCUCAGCUCUUUUCUGGAUACGGGAGCCGUGCGCCACUCUCUUCAACUCUCUGCGUCGCUGCGUUGUGACAAAGAUGCACGACGGUGGCAUCAUGAAAGAGAAGCCUUGCUCCGCGAGCUGCGAGGUGUCCCGCCUCUUCACAUCGACGACGCUCUGCAGAGAGAAGCUGCUGCACAUAGUGAUGGCGGGACGCUCGCAAGUGGAGACCUAACUAAGGACCUCAAACGGACGCCUCCUCUUCUCCAAAUCCCCGUUUUGACUGCUCCGGAGUACUGCCUGAUGAGGUAUCUUUCGUUUCUCCAGCACAGCCAAUUGCCUGGCGGUAGCCUGAAGGAUACACAUCUGCCCCUCCACGUUCUCCUGCAGUUACCUGCCACGCUCGCGUCAGCUGGAGUUGCCGUGGUGGAGGGCAAGAAGUCGACUUCCAUUUCGAUCGAAUCCGAGACAGAACAGCUUCAGCUCCAACUGGAAACACGCUUGGAGUCUCCAACCGUCUCUAGUCUGUAUCAAGUGUCUGAGGAAUCUUGUCUCUUCUUUUCUCGCCGCCAACGUCAACACUUCGCAGCGCUUUUCCGCCAGGUUAUUGGAUGUUGUCGCCUUCUUCUCCAAGAGCUCCACGGGCUGGCUGCGAGUGACAAAUGUCCUCCUGGCCCGCAGAAACAGAGAGACGACGCCGAUAGUCGGGGUUUCCUUCGAGCGCUGGUGGGCAACUCCCUUGCCACACUCGAGCAUGGACGCCGUGAGGAGCUGGAUAAAACCUACGACUGCUCGGGCAUCGCGACCAGAUGGUGGACAGAGUGGGGAAUAGAGAACGCCCGCUGGUGUCCGGGAGCACGUGAAGUGUUUGAAUUCUGGAUUUCUCUCGCUACAGAGGAAUGGCAAGAGGAUCGACUCGCAUGCCGUCCAGCAGCUGAUGGCGAUGCCGGAGAAUCGGAGAAAGAUGAACGGGAUGCAAUCUGGUGGCGUGCCGUUUACUACGCCUUCCGCACAGCCGACAUCAAAUGCCUCAUCGCUCUUGGUGCGGGAGACUUUUUGCCUUCUGGGGGCUGCACCUUCGAACAGGCAUGCGCGGCAGUGCAGGCUGCCGCGUUGGCGCCUGUGGACUCUGGGUCUCAGAGGGAUAAGGAAAAAGAGAUCAAAACAUCAACCGACUUCGGUCGUUCGCUUCCUCCCCAGCCUCCCCUGUUGCCUUUCGUCUGUCGCCAUCUUCUUGCUCUCGUUCUUUCUUCAUCCGUCGAAGCCAACAGACGCAAUCUGCCAGAUGUGACGGUCAAUGAAGAGGAGCGAAAAAAUGUGGCGGAAAUGCUCGCCGCCCUCCCCUCUGCAGACUCUCUGAAACCCCCUUCAUUGCCAGUCAUCAUUGGGCAGUUACUUCUCCUGUACCCACCUGAAACUGUGGCAACUGGCGAAACCAACCGGACAACGGAGAGACAGACCCGCCAGGGCAAGGAUCCUUACCUGCCUCUUCUUCUGUCUCUUAUCAACCCCAGCAUGUGGCCCCCAGUCAACGCAGCCAUUUCCUUGCGGCGCUUUUUACAGGAGGACUUCCUUCACUACAAACUCCACCUCGCUCUGCUUUCGUCUAGUCAGGCACUGGACUCACAGUCGGCUCUCUCAACAUCUCUUCAGGAACUGGCAGAGAAGUUCCGACAACGUGGGGCUGCUUAUUUCGACAGCUCGGCGUCGAAUGGCUUCUCGCCAAGUCGGGAUCGUGUUCAUGUCAAUGUGGGGUAUCCGAGAAUGCUCGCAGCAUGCGGCUGUUGCUUUCAAGCCGUGACUUGGCUCAUGGAUAAUUCCUCCCUGUUCAAGCGAUCUUCGCUUCUUCUUCUUCUCCUCCUACGUGCUUGUGGCGUUAGUCGCUGCCCUCAGUUGAAGCAGCUGGAUCCGUUCAUCACCAAGUUUGACUACGAGGAUCACUCUGUAUCAAAGCAAGGCUCUCAGCGAGAAGACAUGUCGAGCUUUGACUGCCUCAUUGACAAAGGCUUGGAAGGCAGCAGUGAUUUGACGAAGAUCCUGCUCAUGACGGUCCUUCCAACGUCUCGAUGGAGGUUCCUGAGCCGCUCCCUUGCGGCACACGACUUUGCUGUCGUCUCCUCGCCAGCAGUUUUGGGCUGCCUCGCGGCUGACGGAGACGCCAUCCACCCAGGCGUUCUCGAACACUUGCUGGGUUGCUCGGCUUUAUCACCAGCUCCGGAGAGUGUAUCGCUAGGAACGGGCCACGAAUUAUCAGCCGGUGCUCGUUGGAGGGUAGAAAAAAGGAACCAUAGACUUCUUCUUUGUCUUUACACAGAGAUCAGAGACGAAGGCCGACGAAGAAGGGCUUUAGUUGAGGCGCUUACCGCUGCGUGGCUUCUUCGCGACUUCCCCUCUUGUUUGGAGAUCCUCUUCGAGGCACUUGACAGCGAUGUGUUCUCCAACUUUGACAGCCCACCAGACGAGGCGGACAGCCGGAAAGCGAAAUUCUUCUUGGCAGCUUACCCUCUUUUGGAGCGCUGUCUACCGUUGCGAGAAACGCGGGAGAUUCAUGUCUCGUGGUUGCAGUCGCGGAUUCUGUGGCGCGCACGCCAAGGCGAGUUCCGGUCUGCCCUCUCACUCUUCGCCGAGCUCAUUCGAUCGUCCAAGCCGUUGCUCUCGUUUUCACCCCCUUCGACUGUUCCAUGGGCUGAGGGAACACUUCAUACGGCGAGCGCCCUCGGCGUCGCUCGCCUAGUCGAUUGCGUCGCCUAUGUUCUUCUUCGCCUGGUCGAGAGGGGAGAACCGCUUCACUCUCUUAUCUCUCACAAGCUGCUGGUCCAGAUGCACGAAAUCUGCUUGACUCUUUCGCCUUCAGCUUCGCCUCGGCUAUCCAGAACCCGUGCUACACUGAACCAGUUUUUGCGGCAAUACACAGACUCUCAAUGUGCAUCACUAGUGUUCUAGAUUGUUUUGUGUCGACGGAACCCCUAAACAGCGUUCAGAACAUUUUUGGCAGUGGCGUCUCUUCUUUCGACUAACGCAAAGUGCUCACUACAAAAUUCGCACUUACGUGCGUACGUACAUGUGUUUAUGGUUGAACACAAACUUGCAUAAGGCGAGAGGCCUGACGCCUGGAUAUUCACACGUAUUUCAGUUUUCGUUUAGACACCAACGAACGCGAGUGGAUGGGGGGCCGAAGAGUUUUCGGUCCAGUGGAAGAUUUUCUCGUUCGCUCUGCUGUUGCUCUUGGUUUCCGUUCUUCCAGUGCGGCGUUUCUUGGUGGUAUCCUGCAUAUUAACGCAACAUAUUGCACUCGAUCUCGAGCCAAUAUUCCAUACCCAGACACUGUGAAGCUCUUGUUAACAUCUCCCGGAUACAGUCACUGACACGCGUACAUGUCGUGUACCGUUGCAGAGUUGCGUGUGAGCGUUUACUCCUAUGAGGGUCGCCGUCGCGUCCGCUAUGACGGAAGCGGAGAUGGACAAGGUGUCGUCUCAUAAGCUGAGGGAAUUAUGGGUUGUGUGCCCCUCAUCGAACACCUUUCUUAUUCAUGACUUAUUCGCUACAUCUUGUUUCACCCUCGGAGCUUUGGCGCGUGGGAUAUGGAAAGUGCACGCUUCAGCCGUGUCUUAUCUGGAAGGCCAGGUCGGAGGGUCGCAGCCGCUACACAGAUAUACCGUUGCUGCUAGUUAACGUUAGGAGAUUGUAGGGAGUUAAUUUAGGUCGGGACUAUGCAACGGGAAAUGGCGGAUGGUACCACAAAAUGCCUUUUCACUAUUCGAAGCUCACAUGAGAAGCUCCCUUCGUGGUACCGCUGUCGGGCACUGAGGUGACCCACUUAUAAGGCGACAGCGUCUCGGGUUAUUGCUUGACACCAAAAAUAUGUACAAAGUAUCUCUCGACCGUGAAGGGAACCGCACCGUCGACACUGAAGGGAGACCAGGUGAAUCUGGAACUCAUGAGCACCAUCGACUUCAGUGUAAUUUUGAAGUUUUGCUGGUGUUUAGCAAAAACAUCUAAUAAUUGAGACAAAUGUGCUAGGUUAUAUAGAAAACUAUCACUCGACGCAUGCCACUGCUCGUCAUGACGUGGGCAGGCACCCUCGUCGCCCAUGUGAUCUGUUUCAAGGCUGCGAAUCCAUCUUCGAAGGUGAGGGGUAUCUGUGACUGACACAAAACUCCGCGUUAAAUGCUCCAUAUCCGCGCAAACAGCCUCACAAACGUUUUUCAUCUGCCGUGCAGUCUGAAUUUGUUCAAUAAACCAGUUUAAUCGUGUUCGAUACGUAACUGAUAUGUUGAUGACAUCAAUACCAACAAACCAGUAAAGUUCAAUGGAAUUACUUUCAACACCGCAUAAUGUGCUUGAACAAUUCACUCAGGUGUAUGAAGUGGUGUUACGAAUCGCCUGUGUAGCUGCUAAUCCGUUUAUUUGUUUUUUCCCUCCCCAUUCAACCUUCUUGUGUCCCGUUCAUUCUAUCUUGCUUCGGUUGCUCCCUAUCUUCCUCAGGCGCAGCGUACCGAUGGGAGGAUCUAAAUCCUUUUACGCGUGACGUGCAGGGAAACCUUAGACGCUUCUAGGGCACAAAUGCUCGAUGCGUUUGUGUGAACGUGGGUGCACACUAGCACACACAGACAGAGGCGAUCGACAGCCCCGAGCUAAAAACGAACGGAAAAGAGGCCCGAAACCAACCACAAAGCUUCUCAAUUCUUUGAAGCAGAGUGAACUAACGGCAGGAAACGACGAACGCCAAGAACGCGUACGACGCCAGGGUAUAUAUUGCAACGCAUUACGACACACACCGCAAGCUGGCCCGCGAUUCCUGGUAACAAGAAAAAAGACUAUUGGACAGAGGAAAAAACAAUGAUAGUGGAGACAGCGGUUUUUCUUUCUGCACCAAGCCCAUCUCAAAAAGAGCGUCCCCGGUCCUCACAAGACGUGCCCGGCAGAGACACAGACACAAACUGGAAUAGUGGAACACAACACUGUGAAUCCAAAGUGACCCCGCGAGAAUAAUCGCAUGGUGGGAAGACAAAGGAAAGAGAGAAGGGACCCAAAAGGGAGACAGCGCAAUCGAGAGAGAAAAUACAUACUCAAGUAUGACGAUGAGAGGACCGCUUUUACUGUCUCCACGGAUAUGCCUUUUUGGGGAGCACGUCACAAAUGACAGGAGAACCAUUUUUGUUUGUAGGCG